GCCAUUUGAGGCCUAUCGAACUUCCCUUUUUCCUUCCUUUUCAUAUUCCAUCCCACUACCCCAGCAAGUCGACAAAAUGGCUCCCAAGAAGACCGCCGGUGCUGCCAAGGAGAACGUCUCUCUCGGUCCUUUGGCCGGAGAUGGCAAGCUCGUUUUCGGUGUUGCCCGUAUCUUUGCCUCCUUCAACGAUACCUUCGUCCACGUCACCGAUCUGAGUGGUCGCGAAACCAUCUGCCGUGUCACCGGUGGUAUGAAGGUCAAGGCUGACCGUGACGAGUCUUCCCCCUACGCUGCCAUGUUGGCUGCUCAGGAUGUUGCUGCUCGCUGCAAGGAGCUUGGCAUCAACGCCCUCCACAUCAAGAUCCGUGCCACUGGUGGUAACGGCACCAAGACCCCCGGUCCCGGUGCUCAGUCCGCCCUCCGUGCUCUUGCCCGUUCCGGCAUGAGAAUCGGCCGUAUCGAGGACGUCACCCCCACUCCCUCCGACUCUACUCGUCGCAAGGGUGGUCGCCGUGGUCGUCGUUUGUAAGCAUGUGCGGGUUCAUCUCUUCCAAGUUGUGCGGAGCUUCUCCGCAUGGUUGGAUUGGAGCGGACUUGGCCUUGCUUGCCGUAUGUGGAUGGAAUAAACGCGAAGAACGGCCUUUAUCGCCUGGUCUUCAAUUUAUUACAUACCCAAAAGUGUGUCUUUCGGUUCUGGAUUUAGGUAGUCUACUGUCUGUGUGGCGGUUGCUAUAGUCAAUAUAACUGAACCUAGAACUGAUGUGGUC